AAUCUUUCCCACUGAUAAAACCAACCCAACCAUUUGUAGACAAGAUAUCUUCCCCAUUAACAGGAAUUUAUCCCAUACCCUCUCUCUUUCUCUCUCUAUUCUAUUUAUAUGUGUAUGUGUAUAUAUAUAUAUACAAUUCUAAUUAUAUAUAUAUACAUGCACAAACACUAUAUACACACAGUUGUGUUUACCCUUUUCAGUAACCAAACUCAUACUUAGAUGAAGCAUUUUGUCAUCAACCUUCCAUUCAAUGUCUAUAUAGAGUCUAAUCCACUUGCUGCACAGAACAACAAACAGACCCAAUCAUGUACUUGUCCGAAAGACCUCGUCCAAUCGAUUUCUAUAAAGAAGAAGACGAAAAUCGAGACAUGAUGAUCGAGGUCGCUUCCAAUGGCGUCUUGCCACCUCAGCAGCAGCAGCCUCCGCCGCCGCCGCCGCCGCCGCAGAUGAUUCUCGGCGACAGUAGCGGCGGCGAAGACAGCCUCGAGGUCAAGGCGCCGAAGAAACGGGCCGAGACUUGGGUCCAAGACGAGACUCGGACGCUGAUCGGUCUGAGGAGAGAAAUGGAUGGUCUGUUCAACACUUCCAAGUCGAACAAGCACUUGUGGGAGCAAAUUUCGUCCAAAAUGCGGGAAAAGGGCUUCGAUCGAUCGCCGACUAUGUGUACUGAUAAGUGGAGGAAUUUGCUGAAGGAGUUCAAGAAGGCUAAGGUGCAAGAUAGAGGCGGAAAUGGGUCUGCCAAGAUGUCGAAUUACAAGGAGAUUGAGGACAUUCUUAGAGAGAGAAACAAGAAUGCAGCGCACUACAAGAGUCCCACAACUUCGAAGGUCGACUCGUUUAUACAGUUUUCUGAUAAAGGUAUCGAGGACACUAGCAUCACAUUUGGACCCGUGGAAGCUAGUGGCAGGCCAACACUUAACCUGGAAAGGCGUUUGGAUCAUGACGGACAUCCUUUGGCCAUUGCUGCAGCGGAUGCAGUCGCAGCAAGUGGAGUUUCUCCUUGGAAUUGGAGAGAGACCCCAGGAACUGGUGAGCAGGGUACCUCAUUUGAUGGGAGGGUUAUAUCAGUCAAGUGGGGAGAUUACACCAAAAAAAUCGGUAUUGAUGGCACUGCAGAUGCGAUCAAGGAAGCAAUCAAGUGUUCUUUUAGGUUGAGAACAAAGCGUGCAUUUUGGCUGGAAGAUGAAGAUAAUAUAGUUCGGACUCUUGACAGGGACAUGCCUUUGGGGAAUUACACUCUUCACCUUGAUGAAGGCCUGACUAUAAAAGUGUGCCUGUAUGAGGAGUCCGAUCACAUGCCAGUCCACACAGAGGAUAAGACAUUCUACACCGAAGAUGACUUCCGUUACUUUCUGUCCCGUCGGGGCUGGACAUAUCUGAGAGAGUAUAAUGGGUAUAGGAACAUCGAUACUUUGGAUGAGCUAUGUCCUGGUGUAAUAUAUCGUGGUGUGAGUUAAAAGGCAGAACACACCGCAUUGCACAAGAUUCUUACUCUGCACAGGAGGCUUAGGGAAUAGACUAAGGUAUCUUGCUAUGUUCAUCCUCUGUAAGUGUCCCUAUGAUCUUGGAGAGUUUCGCCCGAUUGUAUUCGAUGUGUCAUGGAAUACAAAACUGUUGUUCCUGUAUAAUUUUAUUUCUAAAUAUCAUAGCCUGGAGAAUUCAUAAUUGUUAAUAUAGUUUUGAACUUCAAAUUUAA